UAAAAUGUUGCACACUUGGCUUGCCGAGAGCUUUCGUCAUCAUGGUCCUAGAGCCGUCCCACACCCUGUAGCCAGUCAACAGCAAUCACCUUGUCUCACUGUAAAUGCAGCCGUGUACCGAGACGCUUUUCCAGGCAUUAUCGACCAACCAUUAAUGUCCUGAUUCGGGUAUAAAGAUGGCCUCUCCUCAGCCCUGCAACCCCCCUCUUGUGGAGCAGUACACCCCUCCUGCACAGGAGGAAGAGAGCCAACAAGAGGAAGAGGUGGGGAGGGAUCAGCCUGCAAAAAAACGUGGCAGAGGCAGGCCUCCAAAAGCCAAACCAUCAUUCAAAUGCUCUGCGUGCACAGAGGCUUUCAGGAGUCUGUCAGCUCUGCGGAGCCACAAGCUUUCGGCACAUGUAAAGGACCGUCAGCAGCAGCAGCACUCGUGUUCUCAGUGUACUAAAACAUACUCGAGCAAGGCUCAACUCUCAAAGCAUGAGCGCACUCACUCAGCUCAGCGCCCCUUUCAGUGUCCCGACUGUCACAAGGCUUACAAGACACCCACAGAGCUACGCAACCAUAGCCGCUCUCACACUGGGGAGAAACCAUUCGUAUGCACGGAGUGUGCUAAGGCCUUUAUGCAGGCUAUAUGCCUGAGGAUCCAUAUGACACAGCACAGUGGAGAGCGUCCUUUCUCUUGCCGUCAGUGCUCUAAGAGCUACCCCACCCUGUCUAAACUGAAGGUGCACAUGCGCUCUCACACAGGAGAAAAGCCAUACUUCUGUGCCGAGUGCGGUAAGAGUUUCGCAGAUCCUUCUGUGUUUCGAAAACACAGAAGGAACCACCAAGGCCACCGGCCAUACGCUUGUGACGAGUGCGGGAAAACGUACACAGAGCUGAAGGACCUGAAAAACCAUGAGCGCUCCCACACUGGAGAAAAACCAUUCCUGUGCUCAGACUGUGGCAAAGCCUUCUCCCGCUCUUCCUCCCUUGCCUGCCAUCAGCGUAUUCACUCCCAGAACAAACCCUAUCAGUGUGAGCAGUGUGGUAAAGGCUUCACCCAGCUCUCCUCCUACCAGUCUCAUCUCCGCACUCACUCUGGUGAGAAGCCGUUCCUCUGCCCACAGUGUGGCAAGAUGUUUUCUGACCCCUCCAGUUUCCGUCGCCACCAGCGAGCCCACUUGGGUUUCAAGCCAUAUCCCUGCGACAAGUGUUCCAAGAGGUUCCGGCAGCCGGCCGAUCUGGCCGUGCACGAGCGCGUUCACUCUGGAGAGCGGCCUUACAAAUGCCAGAGCUGUGACAAAGCCUUUGUUGCAUCCUGGGAUCUGCGCCGCCACAUGCUUGUCCACACAGGUCUUAGGCCCUUCUCUUGCACCGAGUGUGACAAGUCCUUUGCUGAGCGCUCCAGCCUCAACAAGCACCGGCGUGUGCACUCUGGAGAAAGGCCUUUCAAAUGUGAGGAGUGUUUGAAGUCAUUCGUGGUGUCCUCAAGCCUGCGCAAACAUGAGAGGACUCACCUAGCUGAGCAGCCUGAGCAACAACAACAACAACAGCCACAACAACAACAGGAGACAGAGGCCGGGUCAGCCUCAGCCUUUACUACCCACACAACUCUCCCUCAGUUCUCCUGUACUCACUGUGAUGCUACAUUUGGAAGCUGGGAUGAAGUUCAGUCACAUGAGAAUCUUCACCCCAUCGACUCCAGUCCUCCGACUGUAAACAAAACCGUGCCCAUGGGCUCGCAUGUAUGUGAAACCUGCCAGGCAGAGUUUGCACAGUUGGCAGACUUGCAGGAGCAUGAGAAGCAGCAUCCCAAGCCGAGGCCUCAUGUCUGCAGCAGCUGUGGCAAAGGCUUCCUCAACAAGUCUGGACUGCGUAAACACCAGAAGAUCCACUCCACCAUUAAACCUCACGGCUGCCCCUACUGUGGCAAAUCUUUCCUGUUUGCCGCCUAUCUUCGCAAGCACUUGCGAACUCAUCCCCCGGCCACCCAAAUCAGUGACAUAAACAUUAUUCAUACUGAUCCGCUUCCCUCUCCUCCACCCCCCAGUGAGGUUUCCCCCUCCACUGUUGAACCUAGCGCGAUAUCGCUGACCGUUCCAGUGGCUGUACCUGUGACUGCUUUUCAGACUCUGCCAGACUACUUGGUCAAAGAAGAGGGACUUUAAGCUUUUUUUUUUUUUUUUUUUUUUUUUUUUACUGUUUUGGAAUUUUUAUUCCACAAAUAUUUAGCCAGGAGCCUUAAAUCAUUUUAGAUUGGUCUUAUGAAGUGUUUUUUUUUAAGGAAAACUUUCAUUCAAGUAACCUUAAAAAAACCUCAAGAAAAGAGUCUCCUUUAUGUAAAUUGUCGGCGCUUUGUCACUGUUUUGCAUUGCCAUGAAAUUUCAAAGAUGUUAUGUAUGAUGUUCAUGUUUUAAAAUAUAUGCUAUAAGAAGCUUACUAAGAAAUAUACUCUGUUAUCUGUAAUCUCUUUAUGAAAAUAUGGUGUUGCAAAAAUGUAUGCUGAUCACUUAAGAUGUUGUUAUUUCAGGUAAAUGUGUUUUAUAAUGCUCUUAAACUCUUAAUUUACAUUUUGUUGGAAAAAAAUGUUACUGUUUUACUGUGCAAGUAUUAGCAUUAUUUAAUAUAAAACUUGUUGGGUAGAAAAAAAAAAGAAGUCGGUUGCAUUCCAAAAUGUUUAAUCAGUUGAGUUACAUUUUAUACAAAUAAAACUGUGUAAUGUGUAAAUAGUUCUGUUUUAGUGGUCAUUUUGUUGAGUAUAUCUUCUGCACGAGCAUCUUAAAUGUUGAAGUUCUCAAAGGUAUGAGCUCUCUUACUGCUAUACACCUUAUUCCUAUUAAUGACACAUAAUGUACCUUGAAUUACAUGAAGUACCACAGCAAUCCAUGCAGACCAACAGCUCUGUUAAUGAACUUGUGAAAAUGCUUUUGGGUGUUAUCUUUUGUUACAAAUGCUCAUAAGAUGCAAUCAUGUGAUGUUAGUGAAUAAACAGAAACUGUUGUUUUUGCUUAUGUUGCUUAGUUUAGAAUGGUAAUAUAAAAUAUAAGAUUUUAUUUUUUUCAUUCAUUCGAUUAUUUUUGACCGUAACGACAUUAUGUUGAUUUUAUACUUUAAGAAAAAUUCCUGACACACUCAUGAUAUAUAAGCUAGAUUGAAAGGGAAAGCCAUGAGUGAUAAUGGCAGCAAUAAUAACAGGCCUUUUACCUAUUCUCCACACAGCAGUGGAUGCCACCACCACCACCUACAAGUGUGGCUCCCUGUGAUCUGGCUUCCUGUGCGUCCGCCUGCUGAUCCUCUUCCUGGCUGAGAUGCCCUUGAGACGCCAAACUGGAGGCAUACUUCACCUUCAACGAUAGAAAAAGGGACAGCAUCUGCUAAAGAGCCUGUUAUAGCAAACACUACACCACAAACCCGUGAUGGCGGACUGGAACUUCAUCUACGUGCCGGUUAAUCUCUCUCAGGGGAAGACUGAUGUGGAGUUGGAGGCUCAGGUUGUGUCCACAGACCCGGCAGCGAGACGGUUACAGAACUCCACAGACACAGAGGCACAGUAGGCUUCUACCUGCUCAGCAUCAGUCUGCGUAAUGAUAGAACUUGCAUUUGUUUCUCUUGGAACCUGCCGGCACUAAAUAACGAAUGAAUGCAUCUUCUGAACAACAUCCACUGCAUAUAUUUAGUGGUUUUUUUUUUGUAUGAAUUAAACAAUUUAAUAAAAAAAUUUAACAAUAACGCAGCUGUUGUGAGGUUGUAUUUCCUGUUGCAUUGUCAAGUUUGGUGCAAAUAAGUUGCAUAUAUUAAAACACAAUUACAUGAUCAUAUUCUGAACUAUAUUAACUGUUUAGUUGGAAGUUUACACAUGUUGUGAGAUGUGUUUUGCUCUAGGUGUUAGCUGCAUGAUGGUGUUUCUGAGUCAGGUGUUUCUUGUCUGUUUUGGUCAGUGUAAACUCUGCCGCAGUGUCAAA